GUUCACUUUUAUUUCCUGUCAGUCCAUUCAGUCGUCCAGAGUUCGACAACAUGGCCGAAGCGGCGAUCAUCAAAAAGAUUUGUGCCCAUAAUGGAUCUAUGAAGCUCGAUGAUUUAACAUCAGUAUUCGGUCUAUAUGAUGAAGCCAUUGAGUCAAUCAUCAGCAGGAGUGAAUCCUGUACCGUCGAGAUCAUGAACGGACAGAAGACCGCGAUCGUCCGAACCAAAGUUCGCCUGUGUCGAGCCCAGACCUGCUCGGGCUGCGCGAAUCUGCACCUGUGUAAAUGGUUUCUUUUCGGUUCCUGCCGCUUCGACAGAGGAAGACGAGGAUGUCGGUUCAGUCAUGAUCUGUUGUCAGGUCAGAAUGAAAUACUGCUGACCGCUCAUGGUCUGAACACACUGGACGUAAAAGAACUGUGCAUUCUGCUUCUACAGAGCGACAACUCCCUCCUGCCGGCUGUGUGUCAUUCUUAUAAUAACGGCGUGGGACAGUACGGCCGAUGUCAGGAGGCCGAGAACUGUAAGAGGCUCCACAUCUGCGAGAAAUAUCUGCGAGGGUCCUGCGACUGCCCUCGCGCUCAUGACUUCUACGAGCCUCAUCCUCUGAAGACCCUGCAGGACAGAGGAAUUCCCAGCGACCUCAUGCACGUCAUGAAGGAUCUGUACUCAAACAUUGAAGUCCUGAGGCUUCGUUUCAAAAACAAGCCCUCUUCAGCUCCAAACGCCGCAGGCCAGAACCCCAGAAGAGGCCCGAAUGCACAGAAUCGGAGGCCGUCGAGCGGUUUUAACGCAGGCAGAGGACAAGAGGGUCAGAGGCCUCCACAAACCCCCACAGAGAAAACAGAGAUCUGCAUGUAUUACAUCAAAGGACACUGCAAGCACGGUGACUCGUGUUAUAAGGAGCAUUCCAGUCUGCCCUAUAAAUGGGAAGUUAAGGAAGGAUCCGAAUGGAAAGCUCUUCCUGACAACGAGGCCAUUGAGAAAGAUUACUGUGAUCCUGCAAGAAUAUACAGCACUGGAAUCACCCCGGUCUGUUUUGAUACGAUGACCCAAGGCCCUCGCAGUGUGCGCCGUCUGUCCACAGUGCCGUCAGUGGUCCAGCCCAACUUCAUUCUGACCACCGAGUGGCUUUGGUACUGGGAGGACGAGUUUGGAAACUGGAUCCAGUAUGCUACAGCGGAGGGGGGUCAUAAGUUGUCCUCCAUCUCUAGUACUGAACUUGAGCAGAAGUAUCAGGCUGAUAACAGUGCCGUGUUGGAGUUCACAGCUGGAUCACAGACAUACACACUCAGCUUCCAGGAUAUGAUCCAGGAAAACAAACGCUACACAACCAAAAAAGUCGUCAAACGUCGUCCCAAAUUUGUGUCAGCAGCUGAUGUUCGAACAAUCAAGACAACUAAAAGGACACCCAACAAUUUCAAGGCUCUGCCGGAACACUGGGAUAAAGCUCUGACCCCUGAAACCGGAUACAUGAGAGUGUCGCUGCAGAGCACGGCAGGUGAAUACAUCAAAAUGAAAGAGCUGUUCAAUCGCACCAUGAGAGGCUUCAGCAUUCUGAAUAUUGACAGGAUCCAGAACAAAGCAUUAUGGGAAGUGUUUCAGUGGCAGAAGGAUUGUAUGAAAAAGAACAACAGAGGCAAAGACGUGGCCGAGAAGCAGCUCUUCCACGGCACCGACCGCAAGCAUGUAGAUGCCAUCUGCAAGAACAACUUUGACUGGAGGAUCUGUGGAACUCAUGGCACAGCCUACGGAAAAGGUAGUUAUUUCGCCAGGGAUGCAAAAUACUCGCACAGCUACACCAAAGACUCGGGCACUCGUUCCAUGUUUGUUUGUCGGAUUCUGGUUGGGGACUACACCAAAGGUGAUUCCGAAUACCUCCGGCCUCCGUCCAAGGAUGGAGGAGACACCAUCUUCUACGACAGUUGUGUGAAUGACAUGUACGAUCCGUCCAUAUUUGUUGUGUUUGAAAAGCACCAGAUCUACCCUGAGUAUCUAAUCGAGUACAGAGACUCAAGUGAAUAUGAGCCACAAAUCCAUCAUACAAUCACAAGACCAACGGCGCCGGUGAGACGUGUAGCUGUUCCUUCAUACAGCAGCACAAACUCCAGCGUCAGAAUCACUCCGUCAUACACCUCCUUCUCAAAUGCCUCCUCAGCUGCAUCUUCCCCUUUCUCCUCCUCAGCUGCAUCUUCCCCUUUCUCCUCCUCAGCUGCAUCUUCCCCUUUCUCCUCCUCAGCUGCAUCUUCCUCUUUCUCCUUCUCAGCUGCAUCUUCCUCAAGAGCCUCCUCCUCCUCGUAUGCUUCUCCCUUACAUUCCUCCUCCUCAACUUCAGCUUCUUCAAAGUCUUCAAAGUCAGAAUGCAUCAUUUGCUAAUUGGGCACCAUGUGAUCACUUCGGUUGCUUUAAGCCCAAGGUAUACUUGGUUUUUUACGCGUACGAACGCAAAGUAUACGUCAUUUAACUCGCGUACACAGGCGUUCAACACAUGCGCAAUUUUGAGCAAUCUCUCCACGAAUUACAACCCAUGUAAAUAUCUUUGUAUUCUUUCAUGCUAGAGUUGUACAAACGAGGGUACUUUCUGACCUCUUCGCACAAUCUCUAGUCUAUAUAGGCCUCCAUCGUCGCUGUAGCUUGCACGCGUUCCGCUCUGUUCUGUUUAUGCAGGUUUUCUUUGACUACCUUGUGAAUUGACACCUCCAGGGCACUGUUGCCACCUUGUGGAUAAACUAAUCACUGCAAAAAAAAAAUUAAAUGCGCAUGUGCGACCUGCAAGUACAGUUCUGAUGACGAAAUGUACGCUGACCCUCAUGUAUGCGUAAAAAGCGAAGCAUACUUUGGGCUUAAGCAAAGGAAGCCGUUAAAAUGUGAAUGCUGAUAAUCAAGUUAUAAAUGUUACGCAUUAAUAGAAAAUGGCAGAAGAAGAGUUGUUCUGGUGUCUUGUACUCUCAGGUUAAAGUCGUGAUAAAACCAAAAUAACGACAGAUCUCUAGGUUUUAACACAUUUUCUUUCUUGAACAAAUCAAAAUAAAAUUCAAUAUUCAUACCUUUGAUAAUAACGGUAAUUUCAGGCACAAUCCAUUAAACUCUGUGCCCUCUAACGGCGUAAAAUAAAAAUGACAUAAAUCCAAAAAUGGCUCCUACAAUAGUAUUGUUACAUACAUCUGAGUGUAGUAAAUUACUGAAGAAAAAACAGUUAGGGCGGGGCUUGACUGUGUGCAUCGGUUGUUGAUUGGAUGUUAAGAUGUGGGCGUGGCUCUCUGACGCGAUCUAGCAGGGGGCGGGGUUGAGGAACACUAAGUGAUUGGAGAAUUGUGCAUGUCACCAAAGAGAAGACUGUCAUGUCAUCAGAUGGACCAGUUAAAUAUUACAUACUCAAAAAAAGAGAAAAAAAACAUUUACAUAAAAAAAAAAUAUAUUCACAACAAGAUCUAUAACAUACAUUUAGAAAACAUGUCAUGCUGUAUAAUUUGUCUUGAUCUUUACUUGGACCUUUGUAAUAAUCUCAAUAUUUGAGAUAUUUGUCACAAUAAAGCUUCCCUAUACACAA